AUGGCUCGAAGAACGCAUAAAAAGUCUCGAAAUGGCUGCAUUGAAUGCAAGCGCCGUCACAUGAAGUGUGAUGAGAAAAGGCCCAUAUGCUCCAACUGUAUUAGUUCGCAGCGAGAGUGCCAGUUUCUGCAGACUCUUUUUAGCGAAAGUUCCUCUCGCAACGUUAGACGUGAAACUGCUACUGGGCCACCUACCGUUGCGUCACCGGCCGUGAUCUCUUCACCCGCCCAAGAACCCGGCAAUAGUCCCGAAGAUGCUCCCGUUAAUAUGCUCCACGUGGAGCUUGUUCACAACUUCUCCUCAGAUUCAUUGAACGGAUUCAAUCGUCCGCACAAUUUCUCUGAUGUCCCAUUCCAGGAUAUCUUGCGAUACGGGCUUAAUGCGCCGUAUCUUAUGAACGAGGUUCUCUCUCUGAGUGCUUUGCAUCUUAGCAUUGUCAGACCAGGACAGCGGGAAUACUAUCGACACCAUUCCACUCAACUGCAGAAUUAUGCAUUGAGCUCAUUCAACAACUUAUCAGCACAAAUCAAUGACGAAAAUUACGUCUCAAUCUUUGUAUUCGCUGGUAUUCUGGGCCUACACAUGCUGUGCGAGACGCUAGUCUAUCGAGAAAACAACUUUGAGAGCUUUCUUGACCAAUUCGUUCGGUACGUCGUGCUGCACCGCGGGGUACGCACUGUCGCAGGCGGGGGAAGAUGGGAACUUUUGCAACAAACAGCAUUGAGACCGCUCUUGGAGCUUGGACAAAUAAUGCCUUCACUGGAUGCAAGCCUAGGUCCGGUUUGCCUGGUCCUUUUGGACCGUAUUAAAGGUCUUGGUCACGAUGACACUACUAUAAGGACAUACCAACAGGCUAUCCAGGCCUUGCAAUCUGCCAUAACCGUGAUGGACAAUCCGAUUCCAGGGCCCAACAGCGUACAUGUUGUCGUUGCAUGGCCCGUAAUUGUCCCUCGCGAAUACAUUGAUCUGGUUGCGCAGAGGAAGGGUGAGGCUUUGGUUAUUUUGGCGCAUUUCGGUGCCCUUGUUGACACCCACAAACACUCGUGGGUAUUCUGUGACGGUGGUAAGUAUUUGGUUGAUUCGAUCAGUCAGUAUCUUGGGUCCCAGUGGGAAGAAUGGCUCCGUUGGCCACGACAAUCCCUGAUGGUGACACAUUCUGUACAAUAA